AUGACAGGCUCCAUCAACUUGGCACUCCGACCUGCACACGACGAAGCCGCCCGAGAGUAUUUUCACCACUCCAGCGGCCAGCGCGUAUCGACAGACAUCGUGAUUGUUGAAGCACUGCGCAGACAGUACCCGGAGCUCAAUCUCACCGUCGCGCCCGUAGAUGGAUUGACAUCGUCUUGCGAUCUCCUCGCCUUCGCCGCUGCCGGCCAUGCAUCCGUUACCCCCGCCGAAGACUCCUCGGACCCUGUAUACAAACCUUUGUCGUGGCGCCAGUAUCUCCCGCCUGCCCGACGUCUGGACAAUGCUCCUGGGUCGCUGAUCAGCAUGGUCAAGUUUGGCAAAUACAUUUACAAGUGGAAAGAUGAGGAAUUCAUCGUCUACAUAAUCAACGGCCGAGACGGAACAGGCUACUACCCAUCUGUGGUGAACAAUUACAUCUUGAGCAAGGCCGAGCAAGUGGCUGACGACCUUAUCAUGGUUGCCUCCCGUUUCAGUGCGGAGCUGCGCAACGAGGUCUGGGUAUUCGAUCAGGGGUACUGGCAGAAGAGUGGAGAUCUUUGGCAGAGUGUGCAGAAAUCCGAGUGGGACGAUGUUAUCCUGGCCCCCGACAUGAAGAAAGCCAUCAUACAGGAUGUAGAUUACUUUUUCAACUCGCGAGGAACCUAUGAGAAACUAAAGGUGCCAUGGAAGCGAGGCGUGAUCUACCACGGACCGCCGGGAAACGGAAAGACAAUCUCUAUCAAGGCGAUGAUGCAUUCACUAUACAAGCGGAAGGACCCAAUACCUACGCUAUACGUCCGGACGCUGAGCAGCUUCGCUGGCCCAGAAUACUCCAUCAGCCAGAUCUUUAGCAAGGCGCGACAAGAAGCUCCUUGUUACCUUGUAUUCGAGGAUCUGGACAGCAUUGUGACGGACUACGUGCGUAGCUACUUUCUGAAUGAAGUAGACGGCCUGAAGAACAAUGAUGGCAUAUUGAUGGUGGGCAGCACGAACCACCUGGACAGACUGGACCCAGGCAUUUCGAAACGUCCGAGUCGCUUCGAUCGCAAGUACUUCUUCCCAAAUCCAGACCUUGACCAGCGAGUGGCGUACUGCAGGUUUUGGCAGUCGAAGCUCUCUGACAACAAGGACAUCGAAUUCCCAGACAAGCUGUGCAUCGCCAUAGCGAGAAUCACGGACAAAUUCAGCUUCGCUUACAUGCAAGAAGCCUUCGUCGCAGCGCUACUUGCAAUUGCUGGCGGCGGAGACGAGCCACAGCAGGAGUCGACCAGCAAGGACGACUCCACUAAAACUCUUUGGGCGGCGUCUCGUGAACGCAUGUUCUUGGGCGCAGCAGAGGAGGACGAGCUGAACAAGCUGGUGCUGUGGAGAGCGAUCAAGAAGCAGAUCAGGAUCCUCCGUGAAGAGCUGGACAUGAGCAAAGCGCUUGCAGGCCUAUAA